AUGAAAGCGAUUGACAUAUGGAUGGGAUCGUGCAUGGCGUUUGUCUUCGGUGUGAUGAUUGAAUUCACGAUCUGCCAUUUUGCAAAGAAUCAAGAGUUGCUUCGCUGUGAACCGCAGCCGUCGCUGAUUGUGGACACCGCCUUGUCUACACUUUUUGGAGCCGCGAGGGACAUCGACGACCUGGAAGCCUCAUCGGAGAAUAAGUUAUCUGAGGUAAAUCAGUGUUUCGUGUAUGUGUGCUGUUUUGCCACAAGAAUUUCGCUGAUGCAAAGAGGAGCAGAUAUCCUUCGAGUUUGA